CAACAACUGGGCCAUCAUGCCUUCAGCGACUGGUCCGUUCGGUGGCAAUAUGAACACUCCGCCGUUCAACCCAUUCAUGGUCAACGGAUUCGGGAUGGGCAUGCCCGGCAUCAUGCCGCCACAAGGCCUUCCUGUCAAUGCUCCGUUUCCUAAUAUGUCUAGGGCUAGCAACUACGCUGGCGGGAUGCCGUCUGCCCAUGGUACUCCGGCUCUGUAUGCGCCGGCUCCGCAGCGUGUGGCGCACUUCGUGCCGGGACCCUCCUUCACCCAGACGCCUGAGGCCGCUACUCCACCCAAGACGCUGAGUGCCGUGCCCACCGGCACCGGGAGGCCCAACACUCUGAAGGUCGUGAAGCAGCGCACUGCUCCCUCAACGCGCGCCGCUUCCGCCGGACCCUCCGCAUCCGCGACCGGCAGCAGCAGCCUUCGCUCAAAGAAAGGGAAAGGCAAGGCGAAAGAAGAGCAGCAGCCAGGCCCCUCCACCGACGUCAAAAACUCCACCGCCAUCCAGCACAUCGAGGCUCUGCAGUCCAGCGCGCUCCCCUCCGUCCGUGUCCGCAUCGACGCCCGCUUCACCAGGCACAACGCCGAGAAAGCGAACUUCAUCCAGAACCGCGAGAACUUGCUCAGCAGGCUCGACGGGGCGCUCACGCAGGUGCGCGCCGAGGAGAAAGAGAUGGUCGGCUGGCAGGACCGCGCCAUCGCCAGCCUGACGGUGGCGACGACGCGCACGGGCGGCGACAAGGACAAGGCGCUCAAGAACGCGGCCGAGUGCAUGAAGAAGGCGAGCUACCACUCCGAGGAGGCGCGGCGCAAGUGCGAUGUCGCGAAUGCGUAUCGCGCGGCAUUGGACGAUCUGGGGUUUAGGGCGAUGACGGGGCUGGAGCGCUUCUAUCGCGGCGUGUUUCAGGAGGUGCGGACCCCGUCUGGGGCGGCGGCGAGGAUGAGUGAGCAGGAGGAGAAGGAGGUGAGGGCGUUCUCGGAGUGGCGUCUGGCGGAGAAAGACGAGGAGGAUGGAGAGCGGGCUCAGGGCACGGAGGACGUCCAGAAGACGGAGCAGGCUGGCGUGAGCAAGAACAAGACCGGCGAUGGAGCGAAGGAGAUGCAGGCCGGAGCAAAGAAAGAUGAGGGCGAGAAAGGACCAAAGAUGACCACCGAGCAUAAGGGCAAGACUGUUGCCACCGGCGCAGACAUCAAGAAAGCGGACGGAGCAACCAACAAGGACGAGCAGAAGUUCACCGACAAAGCCACCGCCACCCAGAAGGGCCGGAAGGAGGACAAGAACGACGAGAAGCAGGACAAGAACCAGCAGGGAGACGGCGGCCCCAAGAAGAAGAACAAGUCCAAGAACAAAGGCAGCAUGAAGAACAAGGACAACGUCGACUCCGGUGCCUCGUCAACUGCUCCCAAGGCCGACGGCGCCAAGGACAUCAAGACCUCUUCGGCCACCGCAAAGGGCGACACCAUCAUGGACUGGAGCCAGAUUGGCAGAUUCUGAGAACUGGCGCAGUCCCCCCGGACAGCAUCUACCCUGGGCAACAGCGUCUAGCGUGGGUGCUGAGGGGUGUUCACGGCGAGGGUCUAUUACCGUUCCGACGUUAACGCAUCUUCCUGGAUGAUGUCGCAGAGCAUAGCCAUAGUCUGUUGACGGUAUACCGGCGCUA